AUGAUUCAAACUCCAGAUAACGUUCGGCAGGCACUUCUAGAGCUACUUCCACAAUCUGUUUUUAAUGAAGUCGCUUGUUUUAUAUUCUAUGAUAAUCAUCCUAGGGACCAAAGACCUAUAGAUAUUACUGUGUUUACACACAAAGGUGAAGUGCAAGAAUUUUACCAACGUGAAUUGGUUGAUUCAAUUCUAAUAGAAAAUAUAAAUAAUGUAACUGAAAUCACUACUUUAAGAAAUAUUAGAUGUGAUCUUUUUUAUUUAGUGGUUGCUAAAAAUGAAAUAGUUAUCUUAUCAAAAAAAGGAGGUCUCCAUUUACACUGCAGAGUAUCUAAUGUAGAAAGAUAUACAAUUGAAGAGCCAAGUUGCAAAGGUCUUAAAAUAUAUUGUAAUGAUGAUGCAGUACCAAUGACUUUUGAUGAAGAUUUAAAUAGAUUAGGAGACACUGAAUUAAUUCUAACCCAAGCUCAAUCUGAAGAUUCUUUGCCAAUAAUAAAUCAAUUAAUGAGAAAAUUGGUUGAAGCUAAAUAUACAACAAAACAUAAUGAAAAUACACUCAAUGAUUAUGUAAAGUUACGGCAACUAGCUGCAUUUCAAAUGUACAAAAGUGUACAGUUGAAUUCAAAUAGUUCUGCAUUUAAACUUGAUCAGAAUGAGAUAUCUAAUGCAUUACAAGUUGAAACACAGGCUCCCCUUCUUCGAAUGUGUAAUAAGAAAAUAGUUGUAUUGUCCAGAAUACUCAAUAAAAAUGAAGAUGCUCUGGAAAACAUAUGUGUUCUUCUCCAUGGAACAACAAGACCAUCUAUGGAGUAUAUAUCAAAGUUAUUCAUUCAAAUACCACAAUCUCCUUUUUGGAAAGAAACAAAUUUAAAACUAGAUAGUAAAGAAACAUGUACAAUAGCUACCAUAGUGGACUUAGAUGAAAUCCAACAUAAUGUGGACAGCAGGAUUGAUUUUGAUGUUGUUAUAUCUUUAAAAUUAAAAGAGAAGCACUACUUGCUUCCUGUAGAUAGUGUUGCCAUAUCAGCCUUGGAUGUCAUGGGUCAAAAAUUUGAUAUAUUAUCAGAUUAUGAUGAUGAUGUUAACAACUUAAUAUUGUCCAUUCUUGCCACAUCUGAGAGGGUAGAUUUAUGUUUAAGACAUAUAAUGUAUAGUGUGGAGGAUAUUCAACUUACACCAACAGAUAUUUUUUGUGAGCACUUAAAAAUGGAAAAGGUUUCAAGCAUAGACAAUGCUGUAGUCUUUAAAAACUCGCCACAUCAUAUUCUCUAUGGUCUUAUGGUUAUUUUUGAAGAUAAUAUAAAUGAAGUUGGAUCUAGUCACAUUAAAAAUGUUCAAGUUUAUGCUCGAUCCCCGUCUCAAGUGUUGUCUUUGAUACAUUACAUAUAUGACUCGGUCCCAUAUAAAAUUAUUAUAACAACUCCAGAAUAUGAAUUGACAGCAAAAAUCGAUGAGCUGUCUAAAUAUGAUGAGAAAAAAACUUUUACGUUAAAUUAUAAAGAUUGUGCAUUAUCAGUGAGAAAUCAAGUCAAAAUUAUGGAAGACCACAUAAACAGUUGUAUGGUGAGAAUAAAAUCGAAAGGCAUAGACCAAGAGUCUAAUAAAGAAAUUGAUUUGUUAGCACAAGGCUUGCCAGAGUAUUUAGAAUUUAGAAAUAAGCUGUUAGAAGAAUCUUUGAAUGGUAUUAAGACUUUAAGGUUUGUAAAAAGUGCUCUACCUGACUCAGAUCCUGAUGUUAUGAUUAUUGAUGAU